AUGGAUGUCACGCCACAGCUAGCAGAUGAUGCGGCAGCGCGCAAGACAGAGACUCUUGAUUCCGUUCUCAUUCGAUCUCGCGUCACCAGUGAGGCCAGAGACGGAUCGACUCCCCCACCAGAAGUACCACCCUCGAACUGUUCAAGUAUUUCAGAAGCAUCUGGCGAUGAAUGGGAGACCGAAUCUAUCUACGAAGAAGCCUUGCAGUCCAUUUCCGACGAACAGCUUCGUGAUGGAGUCAUUCCAAAUGCAGUAACACUGGAAGAAGCGCGAGCUUUUCGCAAACGCUUACACGAACUUGGCAUAACACAGUUUUUAGGGGAGACGAUCGUACGCAAGAAAAUUUCAGCGAAGAAGCUGUGCACUGCCUUUGGAGUUUUCCCCCCGCCGUUCCUAGAAGAUUUACCUGAUAACGCCUUUAUCGAGCCUCUGUGUUUGGGAAUCAAACGCGAAUAUUCCAAGCGUCUGAAGCUCUCGCAAUACAAUACCAUAGAUGAUGCCGUGGAAUUGCUGAAGCGAUCAAAAAACAUUAUUGUUUUGACUGGUGCCGGCAUAUCAACAAGCCUUGGUAUCCCUGAUUUCAGAUCAAAGGACAUUGGGCUGUAUUCAAAACUAGAGCAUCUCGGGCUCGGUGACCCGCAGGAAGUAUUUGAUAUUAACCUUUUCCUCGAAGACCCAACCAUCUUUUAUUCUUUCGCCAAAGAUAUUUUACCAACAGAGAAGAGAUUCUCACCCACACAUGCUUUUAUUAAACUCCUUCAAGAUAAGGGAAAGCUGCUGACUAACUUCACUCAAAAUAUUGACAAUGUCGAAAGUAAUGCGGGAAUUCUCCCAUCCAAAUUAAUUCAGUGUCAUGGUUCUUUUGCCACUGCUACCUGCCUUAAAUGCAAAACCCAAGUCAAUGGGGAAGCCAUCUUCCAUAAAAUUCGUGAAGGGCUUGUCCCUAACUGCAAACAAUGCAAGAAGAGGCUUGUCAUGAAAACUCAAUGUAAAAAAAGAAAACACAGCUCGAUUGAAUCACAUAAAAAAUCUAGAAAAUGGCAUACAGACGAUGACUCAGAAGGCGAAGACUAUAAUGCUCCUGGCAUCAUGAAGCCUGAUAUUACUUUUUUUGGAGAAGACCUCCCAGACGCGUUCAGGAAUCGCCUCCUAGGUCAUGAUCGUGAUUUGGCGGAUCUCGUCAUUGUCAUUGGGACAUCUUUGAAAGUAGCACCAGUUUCCGAAGUUCCAGGCCUCAUGCCAACCAUUCCUCAGCUCUUCAUAUCUCGCACACCGGUAUCGCACAUAGAUUUUGACAUAGACAUGCUCGGUGAUUGCGAUGUUGUAGUAACAGAACUUUGUCGACGUGCUGGGUGGGAUCUGAAACAUGAAAUGAUUCCUUCUAAUCAGAAAAUCGAAGUUCAUUCCCAAGAAGGCUUUGAGUCCCGAUACAUAAUAACGGCCCUCAGCACCUAG